AUGGACGGCAAUCCACUCUCGUGGACCGUCUCGCAGGUAGCAGACUUCUUCCGACACCACGCUGCUCGCUACCUCAGCGACCGCCCAAAUCUGCGAUUACCGGACCUCGACAUCUUCGUGCAGUCCCUCGAAGAGAAUGAUAUUGAUGGAGACCUUCUGCUGAAGUCGGUUGACAACGCCGUUCUGCGUGACGAGCUCGAAGUGCCAACUUUCCGUGCACGAUCUGCCAUCAUACAUUGCAUUGCCAAGCUUCGAGAAGCCUCUGACUCCCCACCGCAUGCUGCUACUGUUGUUGGAUCCGAGCCUACCCCGCAGACGCCGAACUCGAUCAAUGGACUAUCGCACCCGAAUGCAUCAGACCCUGAGCCUCCCCCUGCUCUUACCCCGGGCGAAAACGUGCGAGUUGGUGAAGUGGAAGUCCAGGACGGACGUGGCAAGAAGCGACGUAAGCUCGACCUUACUGCUCUAUCGACAACUCAACCAACGAACUCCCUUGCAACUCGGCAAAGCGGGCUUCAGCAAGUGUUGCCCGCCAGCGGCUACCUGUCUGACGCGAAGCUUACCGUCGACGAGCUAUUUUACGGCCGAACUCCAGUCAACGCUGAGAUUGGUGAUCUACCACCUCAAGGUCAUGACGUUAUUUUAGAGCCAAAUUACGAGAUUGUGGUCGAAUACGGAGAAGAUCUUGAAUCGAAGAUCGCCGAACAUACCAAUGCUUUCUUGGAGUUCCAGCACCAGGAGCAGAAUGAUGGAGAUUCUGUCUACGCGUAUCGGCAGGUCCGACAUUUCAUGACCAGUUCCAAUUCCAACCCGAGGAUGGUCAGCCGCCGUGGAAAAGAUGACCUUGCGAUUGUGCCGUAUCGCGAGGAGCUUGUGACUGGCAACAAAACCAUUUCCGCUACCGUCAUUCGACUAGACGACACCGCCGAAGAAGGUGCUAUUGCUGUUCGAGAAAACAAUGCUUUGUUGGACGACGACGUGGAUCCGAUUCGCCUGGAGCAGGAGUCCAACGAGGGUGAAUGGGAUUUCUUGCCCAAGAAGUGGCGCCAAGACGACGACGAAGUACUUUCAGAGUUACGCCAGUCAGACGAUGGGAGUGAUGGUAUGUCAUCUGGCCUCAUUCGCGAGAUCGAAGAGGAGGCAGCCGAGCUCGACCAGCUGCGUCGUAACACCAUUGGUGAAAAAGGGGCUGGCGAGAUUGUGGACGAUGCGAUUGUGAAGAUGGUCGCAGAAUGGAAAGAGACGCUGCCGAAAAAGGAGGAGAAGCAUGCCUGGAGAGUUUGGAAGAAGAUGAAGGGGAGCAGAACUCUCCGGCAACAACUCAUCGAGGCCUCCCACGACCGCAUACGCAUUCUCAACAAGCGCCUAGCAAAGCAGAAGGAGAACAUCCUCCGCACUGAAUGGCGUAAGGAGAACGAAAUUCGUGAGCAGUGUGAGGCUAUGAGGCCCUCUGUCAUGGAUCGUGAGGAGGAGCGCUGGCAGAUAUGCGUUUGGGGUAGGAGACAAGAACCACAUCACGUUGUCCGGCACGGCCAACAUGGAGCGCCCAAGGGCAAUAUGGAUGCGGGGAACCACCAGCGAGUAAUUGUGCACGCCAACGACCGCAUCAGCGUAUCUCCACCUCCUAUUCAGGAAGAUGACGAGGAUCUGGUGCCAGAACGUGUCCAUACACUGAUGGACGGCGACGAGAACGGCGAAGACGACCCAGAUGACGACAUGAUGUACGCAGACGACGGACACAGCUUUGAUGGUGGUGAUGAAAUGGAAGACGCAGAUUCACCCAUGGCGGACGUGAUUGAGCCGUCACCACCACUUGUCUUUGGAUCUCCAUCACAGCUACCCUUCGAUCAACCCAGGGGUGACAGCGAUGCUACGGCUUCACCACGCAACCGCAUUCAGGAUUCGCCCAAAGAUGACACCGAAUCGGAGAGUGAAUCGCUGACUGACAUGGCAACUCUACUUUCGCAGCGCCCGAAACGCGAACCUCCGUCACAAUCUAGGGUUGCGAAGGAAUCGAACAGUCGCGAGCAGCCCAUUGAGAUCUCUUCAGACUCUCAUUCAACGCCUGCGUCGAAAAACAAGCAGAAGAAAGGCGGGGCUGGCAAGGGAAUGUCCAACGGGUUUCCAGACCUAGCAAACGGCGCGCAGGUUGAGUCUUGGGACAUUGAAGAACUGGUAGACGAUCGUGACCAUCGCCGUCUUUUAAUCAAGUUGCUCUUCGACGCAGGAAGCGACAAACGACAGCAAAUCAGCGAUAGCGUCCGGCGAAUGGGUACCUUCAACACCGAGCUCAAAAAGGCCAUCAGUAUACUGCAGCAUGCCUUCAAAGCAGCUGAAAGUGAGAACGGCUCUACGACACCAAUCUAUUGUGCCAGAUUGUUUCUGGCAUAUCUCUUUCUUGCGCCUGAGACAAUGCAAGGCCAACCCCCAGCAAACGUCUUACCGAAAGCCUACAUGAACGAUUCUCAGCUCAACCUGUUCUCUCCAUAUCUUAAGUCAGUACUGGAGAAGCCGUUACUCUUCAAACACCCAAAGCCGGAGCCUAUAUCAAGUGCAAAGUCGAAGGCUUCAUCCGGAGACGGCUCACGUGUAAUAUCGCUUUUGGACUCAGAAGACGACGAAGACGACCCACUACAGGAUACGCCCAGCAAGAAGAAAAGGAAGAACGUCAUGCUCAGCGAAAAGGGUCAGCAGUCGCAGAUCCAAGCUUUCGACAGGCAAGACAGGUUCAAGGAACUCCAGCAGCAGUCAUCAAGCCAACAGCAACUGCAGGCUAUGAUCCAGAACGACCCAAGUAGAUCGCACAUCCAGAUCAACAUCCUAAAAGGUGAAGAUGAGGACGAUAUCUUCGUCGACAAGCGUAUUGCCAGAGACAUGAAAGAGCAUCAGGUCACCGGCGUGCAAUUCAUGUGGCGAGAGCUCACGGCCUCUGGUGCUGACGAUGCCCAGGGAUGCAUCCUAGCACAUGAACAAGGCCUUGGCAAGACAAUGCAGGCGAUUGCGGUACUUAUUGCCGUUGACGAAGCUGCACAGUCCGAAAAUCCGCGCAUCAACGAACAAUUGCCUCCCCAUUUGCGACCGGAGGACAUGGAUGGACGCCAGCUGCGCGUUCUCAUCUUGGUCCCGGCUGCGUUAAUCCAAAACUGGCGCGCUGAGUUAGACAAGUGGGCCCCGAAUAAGUUUCCAAACGUCUGGUCGAUUGAAUCUGUUCCCUCCAAGAACCACCUGGGCAUUCUUGACGAAUGGCAUAGAAUUGGAGGAGUGAUGCUUAUGGGCCACGAGAUGUUCCAAAAGAAGAUCACAAGAAAGGAGGGCAAACAGGUGCUGUUAGCCGCAGAGGGUCGAAUGGCAGAGGUACUCUUGGACCCAGGUCCAGACAUCGUUGUCGUUGAUGAGGCUCAUCGAAUGGCGAAUCCGAAGUCUCAACGAACGAUUGCCGUGAACCAAGUUCGAACCGAGAGCAGAUUGGCUUUGACAGGCACACCAAUGUCCAACGAGGUGCAGGAGAUCUACUCAAUCGUCUCAUUCGUCGCGCCGGACUACCUUGGAGGCUCCGACUGGUUCAGCGCGCAAUUCGCCUUACCGAUCAAGGAGGGAAAUGGAAAGGACAGCACCGCAUAUCAGCGACGCAAGGCGGCCUUGAAAUUGAACGUGCUCCACAAGCAAAUCGAGCCCAAGGUCAAUCGAGCGGACAUCACCGUGCUCAAGGGUUCUCUUACAGCAAAGGUCGAGUUUGUCAUUACCUUGCCUCUUACGUCAGUACAACAAGAGGCGUACACGAAGUAUGUGCAGCACUUGGUUGGCGAGGGCAAAACAAAGGACGCGGCUCAAGUCACGUUGUUUGGAUAUCUCUCUGUCCUGACACUGCUCAUGAAUCAUCCCAUUGCUUUCAAGCGCAAGAUGCUUUCACCUGGACAUCCCAAAAAGAAGAGUCGAAAAUCACGAGCCGUCAGCACCUCUGAUUCGGACAGCGGCGAUGCUUCUCCAGCUCAAGAACAGAAAGACGACAACGAUGAUGCGGGCGAUAGCAUUCGUACCUCUGGAUUCACAGAAGAUGUCAUCGCUCAGAUUAUAUCACACGUUGAAGACAGAAUCGAUGCUGACUUGUCCACCAAGACGGCGAUGGUAAUGGAGAUUGUUCGCCGCUGCAAGGAAAUUGGCGACAAGAUCCUCAUAUUCUCGCACAGCAUACCGUCACUCGACUAUCUCGGCGAGCUUUUUCAAAUGUCUGGAGUCGACUUUGUCCGCAUUGACGGCUCAAUGUCAAACAAGGCCCGUGAUGAUGCCCUGAAGGCCAUGCAGAGCGGGAAGCGGGAUGUGAUGUUGAUGUCCACCAGAGCUGGAGGAGUUGGACUCAAUAUCCAGAUUGCCAACCGUGUGAUCAUUCUUGAUUCAAGCUUCAACCCGACACACGAGAAGCAGGCAAUCAGCCGUUCGUACCGUCUUGGUCAGAAGAAGCCCGUCUUUGUCUACCGCUUCUCUGUGGGUGGCACAUUCGAGGACUUUCUCUACAACAAGCAGAUGUUCAAGGAGCGCCUCAACAAAGGCGUCGUGGACAAGAUCAGUACCAAGAGAAUCGCCAGCAUCAACUCGAAGCAUGCCAUUCGUGAGCCUACGGUUGUCGAGCAGUUGCCACUGGAAGAUUCUCUUGGCAAGGAUGCCGUGCUCGAUGGCAUUGUCAGCGACUACUGGGAGCAGGCGAAGGAGUCUGGCGAGGACAAUAUCAUAGUGAGGCAACUUGCGACAAUGGAGGUCUUGCAAGAGGAAGUGGUGGAUGUCGACGUACCACUCACAGAAGAAGACAAGCGCGUGGCCGAAGAAGAGCAGCGCAUGGCCGAAGCAGAGUUUCAAGAGGGUCGCAACGCUGUGAGAGGGAAGAGGGGUGGUGCUGCGCCGAAUCUUGGUGCUAUGAGACCUCCAAACUCCACAGCACCUGUUCAGAGUAGACGACAGCAGUCAGGAAACGCGAGCGGCCGGCCUUCUGUGGACAACGGGAUCAACGGACUCCCUACUGCAACGCAACCUGGACCGUCGCAACCUCAGUCGAGCAUCGUGAGGCUGCCAACUGGCCAACCUCGACCGAGUGCGCCUGCAAUUCACGGGUUGCCUCUGCCGCCGCCGCAGUAA